AUGGCAGGACCGGCCAAUCAAGCAAAUCUAGUUAACGAUCUCAAAGGCAUAGUCAAAGGUGAAUUUUCCAUAAAACACACUAACUACACUACCAUCAUCUUUGUAAAGAAUAAAGAAGACCAUCAACGAGUGCUAGAAAAUAUCAAGUCGGAAAAUAUGCCAUAUCAUACAUAUACCUCAAGGGAUGACAAAUCACAUGCCUUCGUCCUUAGAGGUCUUGCGGAAGGCACCAAAAUUGCACAUAUAGAGGAGAACCUAGAAGAAGAGCAUGAGAUAAAACCACUUGCGGUGUAUCAAAUGCGCACCAAAGAGAGACCAUUAUUUCUAGUGGUUACAGACCCCGUAAUUACGCUAGAAUAUCUGAACAAAAACACUCGAAGGGUCCUCUAUACCAGAGUGACAUGGGAGUUAUGGAAAUCCAUGAAACUUAUCAUACAGUGCCACAACUGUCAACAGUGGGGGCAUGCAACCUCCAAUUGUGGCCGUAAUGCUCGUUGCUUGAAGUGUGCGGGUGAUCACCACACGAGAACUUGCUUAAAAACUCCAGAUACACCGGCAACGUGGGCAAACUGUGGGGGUGAUCACCCCGCCAACUAUUCGAAAUGCCCCAAUUACGUCGAAAAAUUAGAGAGAAUGCUUGAAAGAAGACCGAAACAGCAGCAGAAAUAUGUUCCCGCCUCUCAGCCGAUCCUGAACCAAUGGGAGGCCAGAAACAAGAACCGAAACCCAAAUACCGAAUUUCCAGCAUUACCCACGAAAUAUGCAAGAGAAACUGCAGAAAACGUGAGAAUUCCAGCCAGAAGACCCGAUAUGCAAAGACAAUCAACCCCAGGCGUGGCCGUGGACGAUUUCACGGCCCUAAAUAACGAAUUUGAGACCCUCAAUAGACUCAUCAAUAUAGGUGAAUUAACCAGAGCAGUCAGAGAACUGAACGCCAGACUAAUAAAGUGUAAAACGGGAAAAGACGUCAUAGAGACAUACAACGCGUUCAUGACGGACGUUGACAUCAAUUUCAAUCUUUUAAAUUAA